AAAUGGAGCCCGUGCUGAGAUUAUAAUUAACAUUUCCAACCUACAUCCCUCCCCUCCCACUUCUCCUUUUUGCUCUCACCAUUCACUCACUCCUGUACGAUAAAUGGGGGGGAAAGUGCAAGAAGAAAGGAGAGAAGGGGAGAAGGAAAAGAAAGGGAGAUGGAGGAGGAGGAGAGAGUGAGGGAGAGGGUGACCAAACGGAGGGAGGGAGGGAGGGGGGAACGGCUUAUGCUUGUAUACAACCCUGAUUUCCAUUUUUUUCCCAACUCGUAAUGUAUUUAAUUCAAGUGAAACGUAAUCAUGACGUGUGGUGUCAUUAAUCUGCUCGCCGCCUCUCCCAAAGUUAAAGGAGGAGGCUGCUUCCGAAGAGUGUCCCCCCCCAGCCGAGACCUUAAAGGAUGGCAUAACAUCUCACACACUGCUGAGGAUGGAUUCUCCACCAGAAUGUCUGCUGUCUCUUUCUUGUGAGCAGCCCCAGUCCCCCCCAACCCUGCCUUCCCUCGACCACAGCCCCCAGGCCUCCUCGCCUCCUGCCGACAGCCCCGUCAUCCUGCAGACUCACAGCCCCGAACCCUCCCGCCUGAGCCCCGACACCACCCCGUGUUUCUCACUCUCCUCCUCUCCCCUCCAGGAGGAGGAUGGGAUCUGCCACUUUGUCGCCGACGCUGAAGAGGUGCUGGAAGGAAUUCCGGCGUCUCCCAUCCCGGCAGUGGCUCUGUUCCCAGGGGGUCAGGAGGCGGGAUGUAGCCCUCGGUUGGACUCCUCGCCCCCGGACACACCAUCGGCCCCGUUCCUCGGGUAUGGGGCGCUGGAGCUGGCCCUGUCCUCGGGGCAGAGCGGAAACUGCAGUGAGGAGCUAGACCUCCAACUGUUCAGGAAGGACACCGCCACCAGGACCGUUUCGGGAGUGGCGGCCGCAUCAGGGCCCGCCCUCAGGUUUCCUUGUCACGUGUGUGGGAAGAGGUUUCGGUUCCAGAGCAUCCUGUCUCUCCACGCUCGCGCUCACAGUCUGGAUCGAGAUCGGCGAGCUUCGGCCCUGUAUCGCUCUGAGAUCUCGCCUCCUCCUCUGAAGAAGCACCUCAAAACCCAGCAGAACCACCAGGACUUCAUUCCCAACCACAGAAGUCGCUCCAACCAGCGUUUACUUCCCGGAGCGCUCAUGCAGCACCUCACCGAAGAUGAGGACAGCAGCUUCAAAGGUCCAGAUGACGAACAGCAGAAGCCAAACUUCUCCCUCGAGGAAAGCACACCCCUGACACCUCCUCUCACAGAGGAGCCCACAUCAGUAACCUCCCCUCAUUCCUCCGCAACUGGAGAAGGUUCUUCUUUCUCCGCAAAUGCGUCUACAUUUCGCUGCCACGCCUGCAAGGGAAAAUUCCGCACGGCGUCUGAGUUGGCACGCCACGUCCGCAUUCUCCACAAUCCUUACAAGUGCACCCUGUGUCCUUUCUCCGCCAGCCAAGAGGAGAGCCUGGCCUCCCACCUGCAGGACUGCCAUCCUUCCCCUGACAUUCCUGCUCAGACGCCCUCCAGGAACCUCAUGGACACUCCACUGCCCACCCCGACCCACACCCCAGGCCCAGCCACUAACAAUCCUCAGAUAACAGCUGCUGCCAGCUCUGGGUCCACGUCCAUGCCGGCGUUUCGCUGCGACACCUGUGGACAACGGUUUACACAGUCCUGGUUCCUGAAGGGACACAUGAGAAAGCACAAGGAUUCCUUGGACCACAAGUGCCAGGUUUGUGGCCGAGGAUUUAAGGAGCCCUGGUUCCUCAAAAACCACAUGAAAGUUCAUCUCAACAAGCUCGGCCUUAGGGCUGGACUGGGGUCUCCUGGAGGCGGUGCCGACCUGCCGUCCAAAGGUUCCGUUAACAGUCAGUCUCUCAACGCCCUGUACUCGAGUCUCCUUAUGGCUCAGAGGGGAGGUGGGGCCAGAGGAGGACAGAGGAGAUCUGACAGGGAGACUGAAGCCAGGGCAGAGAUGGGACUGAGCAAGUCGGCCAUCCUGGGAUACCUGGGCUUGCCCGGUGACGGCGGUGGAGCCAGCUGUAUGGAGAGACUCCAAGCAGUGGCUCAAGUGGCAGAAAUGGGAAACGGUGGCAGUGGUGGUGGCGGCAUCACUGGAAACUCAGGAGGAGGAGACCCAGGAAGAGGAGGAGGAACAACUAGAGGAGGGAGCUCGGGUGAAACGGCACCGUCCACGGCAGACGGGGGGGACCAGGCGGCCUGGUGGCAGCUGGUGGCUCGCAGCCUGGGGGUUUCUCAGCAGCAGCCGAGGCCCCAUCAACAGCAGCAGGGACGCCGCACUCCAAGCCGAAGCCCGGCAACGGCAGAGGCAGACCGAGUGAGAGCCUUCCUGGGAGGCCUAGAGCCGAGAGAGGAGACGGGAGGAGCCGGGGGAUCGUGGGAAUGCCCCGACUGUGGAAAGCUGUUUCGCAGCCUGCAGCAGGUUGUGGUUCACGCUCGCGUUCACACCCAGAGGCCUCAGAAAGGAGGCCGGGAUGAUGACGGGAGUCGCACAAGAAGAGGAGGCGUCGGUGAGGUGAGGCCGGAACCUCAGCCACAUGGCGCCUCGUCCCAGCAGAUGGCAGACAUGGGACAAGAAUCCAAACUCGGCAGAGGAUCGCAUCAAGCAGGAGCAGCCACAGACUACCACUCUGUCAUCUCCAACCUCAAAGGGGAAAACGGCCUGGCAGCAGCGACCUCCAUGCCCUCGGCUCCCACCAGAGAGCGAGUUCGUGGCAGGGGGAUUAAAGACUGCCCCUACUGCGGCAAGGCCUUCCGCUCCUCACACCACCUCAAAGUGCACCUGAGAGUUCACACAGGUGAGAGACCCUACAAAUGCCCCCACUGUGACUACGCCGGUACUCAGUCUGGGUCGCUGAAGUACCACCUUCAGCGGCACCACCGGGAGCAACGAAACGCCUUAUCAACCUCAUCCAACUCGUCGUCCUCUGCCGUCACCUCCACCAUCAACAGUCUGGCCUCUGGAACAUCUGGGAUGGGAAAGCAGCGCCGAUCACAGCUCAGUCAGCACUUGGCUAAGCGGGGGUCAGCAGACACCCCUGCCUCCCGGCCCGGCCAGCAGUCCUGGCUCCUCGGAGUCCCCGACCCGCAGGAGCACCGGAAAGCUCUUGGUGCUCUGAGGGACGUGGACUUGGAGACCCAGUACAGGUACCUCUCUGGGGUGAUGGGGGCCCUCUACCAAGGUGGGAUGGAGGGAGGCUGGAUCCGAGAAUCCACACCCCCAAAGGCCCCCAAAGUGUCCCGGCGGAAGCCCCUCACAACAAGCCGGAUGGUUCAACCCCCAACCGAGAAGGACGGCCCCAUGACGUCCACCCAGGAGGGCAGGUUUGAGCCUCUGGACUUGUCCCGCCGCACCUCGCCAGGCCUGGGAGGGUUAGAGGAGAAUGAAAGCAUGGGAGGAGAGGAAGCAGGAGGCAUGUGGGGGGGCGGUACACCUGAAGGCUCAGCGGGGGUCAAACUGAGCCAAUGUUUGUUCUGCCCUUUCCACACAUCGUCUGCAGAGCUGAUGGCCAUGCAUCUGCAGGUCAACCACACCAGCAAGUCCAGGCGCAAAAGGGGCGGCCCCACUCUCGUAGAGGAAGACGGAGUCCCAAAGCCCCCCAAGAAGGGCCUCUCCGGCCUCGACGCGGUGUGGAGGCACAUGAGGGAGGCGCAGCCCCAAACCCCACUGGGAGAGUGGCCUUCAGCGCACCCCCAGACCCAGAACGGUCUCUGUGAACACCUGGAGGACACUCCAUCACAUCCAGACUCCAUGGCGAAGGUCGACAAGAUAGGGGAGGAGGGAAAUGACGAAGAGGAGGAGUUGGCGAGCUUGGAGAACGGCAGCGUGGAGGAUCUACAAGAGCAGGAUCUGAGGAUUUCUCCGGAUCUGUCACCAGCUGUGAGUUCCAUCCACAUGGUGGAAGAGGAGGACAAAGUCCUCACAGAUUAGAAACGGACGUUUUCAGAAACGUUUGGCACAGAAGGCAAAGAUUUAUUAAAUGUGUGGAAAAAUCAUCUCGUUUGACCAGGUCGGAUUCCACUGAGGAGGAACGCGUCUAUUCAGGAUUUGAAGGCGGAUUAUCUCACAUCUUUCUUCAAACUCCAAACAGUUCUUAAAAAUACUCGCAAAUUGGAUCGCGGCAUCCAUGUGAGAUCUAGAUCCCUGCAUCCUUUCAGAGUUGGAGGUUCUUCUCGACGCUUUGCGUGGUUUUCACAAAACUGCUCCCUCAGAUCUGUACCACUGCCUUGUUCGCCAUGGAACUGUCCUCAGCGCCCGUCCCGGAGAGCAACCGAAAGAAAGAAAGAACGAAAGACAGAAAGCUUUGUCUUUUUGUUUUCUCGCCGUGGUCGUCGUUUUUCGUCUGUCCCCGUCAUUCCUUUUGAAUCCUGAAUAUACAGUUUAAGACAACUUCAGUAUAUUUGUUAAAGAGUGCUUUAGGGUGUUGUGAAUAGCUGUAAAAGAAACGCGACGUUGAGGCGGCCCGCCGGGAAGAAGAAAAGAAAAAAAGAAAGAAAAAUGACGAUUUAACGUGACAAAAGGGUUCCAGAUGAUAGAGGGGCAGAUUUGUGUGUUUACAUUUGUCAUGGUUUGUCCCUGUGAAGAAGUGCGAGUCUGUUUGGGGGCUCCUGAACACAAUCAGUUUUCUAAGGAGAUUUUAGAAACAGUGUCAAAAAAUGAGAUUUUUUUUCAGUUAAGAUAGAAAUAGAAAAGACUAAAUCGGAGAAAAAAAGCUGUAUUCUUGCCUCAUGGUGUUUUUUUUUUUUUUGUUUUUUUGUUUUUUUUUUAGAUGUGUAGAUUUUCUCGUUUUUUGAUAAGAAAAGUCGGCGGUAGGUUUAACGAUUAAAAACACUAACACAUGCAUAGGCAUCCCAGUAGAAUAAGUGUAGCCUUUAAAAAAGAAAAGAAAAGAGGAGAAAAAAAAGCUGACUCGUGUUUAUCAUUUCAAGACGCUUACAGAAAAACG